AUGGAGAGAAUCUAUUUCUUGGCUUUAACGCUCAGCUUUGUCACGGCAAAAGCAGGUAAAUGUUGAUAUUUCGAAUGAAUUCAGGAUAUUUAAAAAAAAAUGGAGGAACGUAUACUGGAGAAUUUUGCUAUAGUUUUGAUCACUAGAGAAGUAACAGUGUGAAAUUAUUCAUCACUACCCACAAACAUCUGUAUGACCCAAGGUAUGACUUUCCCCAAGGGUACAAGAUCACAAAAACUGGUGUUACCACGUCCUCAUAACUCAAUAACUCUGUUAUUCAGUAAGCCAUUAGAUUUAAAAUGAAUUACAUGCAAACAUUCCAGCAUAGCCUCGGCUGUGAAUGUCAAUCAAUCUCAAACAAUGUGGAAAGUGAAAAAUUGUUGAAGAAAAACUAAAGAAUUUAUUUGCGCUCAUUCACUCCGAUACAAAUUGCAUACGAAAUUAUUUUAUCAUUCUUGCGAAUUUUCACCGGUAAAACUAGUCUUUAAGUUUUCAGUAUGCUUUCUUAUUAUCCAACUGCACAAAGUAGAGUACACAUUACGCGCGAAUAGAGUACAAAUAUCCUGCGAUAUUGUUCGAUUAUUUGAACUGUUGGUUAUUUUGUACUGUAGAAAAACCUGUUUAACCAGCCGGCUGCGCGCUAGGCUCCUCUAUCAGCUUUGCUUUCCCCGCCUUUUGAGAAAUGAACAGAAAGACUUGGCAGAAAAAUAAGCAGUUGGAUAACAAAUAACUAAUUAAACGUUUUGGUGUGUAGUAUCGCUGAGUAUUUUUACGAGUUGUGCCGUAGUUUUAAGAGUUGUGCCUAACCCUAAUCCUAACCCUAGGCAAAACGUCUGAUAGGAUAUACUUAGCUACAUUUUCGUUUUCAGUCGCUGAGCCGAACUGUCUGUGGAGAGAACUUAAUAAGCGAACUUUUACUUCUCUUUCAGUCGCAAGCCGGCGUCCACCCGAGAUCACGAAUUUCAUACAAAAGGAUUUAGUCAACCCAGAUGAUGUUGAAUCUAAAGGGUUUAAACUUCCCUGUGGAGCCGCAGGGACAAAUCUUUCUUGGACGUGGAAACAUAAUGAUACAGAGCUCACAUCGUUCAGGGGAUCACCGCAUUAUUCUCUCAAUAAAGAUGGCACUUUGAUUGGCAAAUAUUUAUCUUCCCAACACAGCGGGACUUAUCAGUGUAUUGUUAAGGAUAAGGACACUAAAAUUGAAGUGUUCAGUAGAAAAGCGAGAGUCGCUAUAACAGGUAAAUCUUUUUAAAAGAUGAGCAAACGAGAUCAGAUUAAGACAAUUUUUUUUUAAACAGAUCGGAUUGGCUAUCAAGUUACAAAACAGCUUAACACUUGGCUACUCUUCUUUCUAUCCUCUAAGCCUGCAUAGCAGCCCUUUCUGUUUCUUUCAAAUGAAACGGGAAAGAUUCGCAGUCACGUGGCUUGUGCAGUAGUAGAGGUUCAUUACCGUUCUAUCCAUCGUAGGCUUGUGCUCCUUAGGCCACCCAACAGCGUAGUGCUUACAUAUUACUUAAGUAUCUUGAUUCUUGGAUAUUUCGAAAAUGCCGCUUCCUCGUUCUUUCUUUUUUUUUCUUUUUUUUUUCGGUACUUUGUCAAAAGGGAACCUUAGUAGGUGAGAUUGACUCAGACGAGAGGGAAACAUUUUUGUUUUUAGCACGAGAAUACAUCCGAAGUGAUGAUAGCUCUGUUUCGAGUGUUCUGAACAUUAAAAUUUCAUUUUAAAGGCCAAAUUCAGUGAUAUGUGUCAUCAAAUGAUAUAAACUGUAUAUUCUCUUGGCGUCAUAUCAUACUGCAAAACCUGCGAUAAACAACGGGAUUUCUUAUACCAGAAGAAAGAUGACGUAACAAGAUAUCUAAAACUUCAUCAUCUGGAACCGUUUCUCAUUUUUCUUCGAACUUUGAAAAAAAUGGAACUCAUUCUUCUUUUACUGAGAUUUUGUUGAUAUUUCCUUGAAUUUUUACCUAUUACAAUACGUGCAUUAUUCUUUGAUCUUUACUGAUCUGAUGAUGAUCAAGAGAAGCAAAGAGAAGCCCGCGUACUUAAUCAUAAUUCAUAUUCUUCGAUAGAGAGCUUUUCAGUUGGGUGCCCCGAUUGGUUUUAGAGAUGCACUCUACUGGUUUGGAGCCUGGCGCGAAGUUGCUACUCCAAUCGCAGAGUAAGGUGGAGCGCUGAGCAAAAGCAGUGCAUUGCCAGAUUACUUCAGUUCGACAUUCGAUUAAAAUUCGCUUCAUUUCAGUGAAUUUAACUUGUCAUUAACCCUUAACACCCUAAAAUCAGUAUGCAUAUUUUCUAUACUGCUCUUUCUACAUUUCCUAAGGUGCUGACAAGGAGAUUUUGUUUAUCAAUCAAAAGUUUCUUUCGUUGGUGAUCAUUUCCUUUAUUCUCAUGACCUUAAUGUGUGAUUCUGGGGUUAUAUUGUGUGUGAAGAAAUUUGAUGCUAGUCUCUCUUAGGGUUUAGAGGGUUAAAAUAUUUCACUUCUUUCAAUCUUUGUCAGUUCAUGGUGAAUUCAUCGAUAGCAGCAGCAAGAGUGUAGCGGUUGACCUUGGAAAGCCUUUCCGAUUUCAGUGUCCCAAACACACAGCGGGCUUUGGCACUUCAUACGCUUGGGUAAAACCAUCAAAUAUCCACUUGUCGAGGAGCGAACGACGAGGAUUAUCUCCAGACGGGACUUUGUUAAUCGCUUACCUCACCCAGGAGGAUAUCGACGAGGUUAACUACGGCGGCAUAAAGUGUCAAAUAAGGGCUGGGAGUACCUAUGAAGAUUCUGGAAAAUUACGUCUUGUGAAGAAGAACCCUCAACAGAAAGGUAGGGAAUAGGCGCGUACUUGCGGACACGUGGCUGACGAAUGGUGAUUGUUGAGAAAACUAUUAGUUUGAAUGAUUGAUAUCAAUCACGGCGCUAUAUGCUUUACCGUAAAAGUGGACCGAUCUUGCGUAUGUUAUCGCAGCGUUAUUUCAUUCAAGAUCUUUUUCCGUGAAGUUUUGGUUUCAUCAACUGAGUUCGAAACGCUCGAAACGUCAGCUUUGAAACUCUUUACAUUGGCUAGUUUACAUUAUCAACUCAGUUGAUACGUAACGUAAAAGGUAACCAAAUUAUCUUGCUAUACUCUCCCACUGAUGCAGCAUUACUCUUUCUUGGAAACUUAUCCCCUUUUCAUAAAGUUUUAUUUAGAAUAUCACGUAGCGGCAGAUAAUUAGUUAAUUAGUGGAAAAGAAAAUAUCCUUUACCUCUUCAACUUGAACUUAAAUGAUGUGAAUGUGUCUCCUUCCUACCCAGACCCCGGCACUCCUGUUACGCUUUCUUGGGCCGCUGUACCUGCGGUGGACGAGCUUGCCAUUGAGGGUAGACGGAAAUUUCUUUACUGCUUCGCAAAUGGACGGUGAGUAUCGCAUAUCUCCUACUUUUGGAAAAUGCGAGGUAGAGGAAGCAGAUUUUUCUAGAUUAAUAGACAAUUUAAAAUGUUCUGCCUACCUAUUAAUUUGUGCAGCACUCCAACAUACGCUGCAUCUUUGUACAACUUGCAGGCCAACACCAGAAAUCACGUGGAAGAAGAAUGGACAACAGAUUGUAAAUGGACAGAAUUCCUUUGAAAUCCCUCGCCAUUACUAUGGCCAUCGUCUAAUUAUCACAAAUGUGAACAGGGAAAGUCACCAAGAUGUGUACACUUGUGAGGCAAACAAUUCCCGUGGCAAUGUCUACCCCAUGGUCCGUACAAUCAAUUUGGAAGUGAAAGGUAAACUGUCAUCCAUUAUAUGUCUACUCUGCAACAUGUAGAACGCUUUUCGAUUGAGUCACCGUAACGGCCAAUCAGAAGGAAGGAAAUUACCAAAACGAGGCAAUGAGAACUCAAAGUAAAAGGAAAAACGACCUAAUUGCUCAAAGGGCGGGAGAACUCGGGCGAUCAAGUCAUGAAUGGUUUUAGUUUUGCAUCUGAUUGCGAAGUUUUGUAAUCAUAGAGCAAAGUAAAACAAAACCAGUAAAAUCCCCGAUUACUUUCCACUCUCAAUUGCUCUAAGGGAAAGUACUGCAGGGAAGCUCUCAUGCGAAUGGUCACACACUAAUAAGGUUUCACUGGCAGACUUAAAGUAAAAUUGAUUCACAUUGUAGCAGCAUGAAAAAAUACCUUAUUGCUUGAUAGGUUUUAUCUCAUCACACAGUAAACUGGAGUUUUAUCCACAACUUUGAAAUCAUCCCCAUCUCGUACAUUAAGCAUCAGUUCACCGCCUCGUCUUCUUUGGAACCCCUAUAAACCAAGAGUGGUGGAACAGGUCUUAAAAAAUAAUCAGUGUCGUCUUUUUUUUAGUUCCACCAAGAUGGAACGACAAUCCUCCACCAAGUGAAAUGAGCAUCAUAAUUGAUAAAAAUGACACUAUUGAGUGUCAAGUGGUUGCAGACCCUGUGGCAACAAUCCUAUGGUACAAGAAUGGUGUACACUUGCAGUCGUCAAGGUAAACGUACGAGUUAUAGCGUACAUUUUUUACGUAUGAAUUCAUGCCAUACCCAAACAAGCAUGAAGUGUUAAGUCUACUGUUUUGCUUUGUUUCUCUUCUUUGCUUGGCUAUCAGUAGUUUAUUUGUGUUCGUAUGUUGUUUCUUAAUUUGGAAACUGUAAUUUGGCUCUUAAAAAACCACAGAAACCAAAACAAAGCACGUGCAGGCUCAACUUUCCAAAAAUAAAACUAAUAUUGCAUUUUGAAGGUGCUUCUGAAAUCACAGAUUUCGCAUCUUGCCAAGCUUAACUUGCUUAUCAUCCUCAGUGUCCUUCGUUUUCGUUAGCUCUUGCCUCUCUGAUGUUGUCUCAUUAUCAUGCGAGCUAGCAGUUUAGGGUGCACGGAAAAUUAACGAUUAGCAGCAAAGCCGCGAGUGGAAAAACUUCUCGCGGCACCGCUGCUCGUUUUUAUACGGUUCCGCUUCUUGACGCUUCAAAGCACACACAGAUGACAAAACCGUCAUCUACGACGCGAGCAGUAUCUGUCUGUCAUGAAAAAUGAUUAUUUAGAUGUUUUCUUCUCUAUAACGGCAAUUUACACAACAUCCCAGAAAACAACCAAAAUAUUGCAAUGCAGGUACAACUUCGUUGGGUUUUGAAGGUUCAUGAGCCUGCAUGCAUUUGUGUCUUAACAGUGAUCGGAUAAUCGUGGAUGGAAGCAAAUUACAUCUCAGAAAUGUUAAUCUGACCGAUGAGGGUGUCUAUCAAUGUGCUGUGGAAAACCAAUACGGUAUGAUUGUGUCUGCAACCUGGGUUCAAGUGAAAGGUAGGUUUGAUGAAUCUAAAUAUCACGAUUGAUUUUAAGGUAGUCUAUUCUAAGAUGGCUUUUUGGAAAGUCAUUAAAAGAAAGGACUGACCUUUGAUGUUUAUAAGCAUAAAUUUCACCAUGAUAAUAGCCAAGUACAAGAAAGGGAAAUAACACGAGGAAACAAACGAUAGCAGCUGCCAAAGCCUCAAACAAAGGAAACGCGAGCGUCCAAGGAGCAAAUUGUUUGAUGGUGUUGAAUUUGAUAGAUAGACGGCGCGAGUUUUCAAGAUCAAUGACAAAGCAAAGUAAAGCAAUACCAGUAAAAUCCUAGAUUGUGGACGCUCAUUUGAAAAGGACUCUUUGGAGCAAAAAGAAAAUCUUACUUCGCUCUUGUCAGUUGAGCAUCACACAAUAUCUGAACAUGAAUAAUUUCAAUUUAUUUCUUUCGGAACAAUUUGUUUUUCUCAGCCUGGAAACCAUCCUUCGACAAUCGCCAGUUUGGCCCUUUUCACUUGCUUCAUGACCAUGAGGGCAGAUUACAAUGCAACCCAAAUGCAGAGCCUCGCCCAAAAUUUGAGUGGUUUGUCAAUGGAGUUCAGAUCUCAGACGGAGCCGUUAACAGUCGAUAUAGGUUACUAUUAGACGGUACCUUGGUAAUAAAGACCGUCGAUAAAGACAAGGAUGCCGUAAACUACACUUGCAAUGCUGUGAAUAUGAUGGGCAAGGCUUCUGCAACGACAGUUCCAACAGUGCUGAGUAAAAUACUUAUGUUAAAUAAUGUGAUUAAAAGAGUGGUUUGCAUAGCCAUUUAUGGUGACCUUAUUUAUUAGUGAGAAAGUAUUCAUGGUGCAAAAGAGAUCCCAGAUCAAUGCAAAGAAGUAAUAGAAUCAACACGAUUUCAGAAUUUAAAACCGUCCUAGAACCUUGCGCUUAAAUACCAGAUGCUUCAAAAUUGAAAUUGUGUCAAAUUUGUCAUUACCUUCCCAUUUCUGACUCUUCUUCACUCGGCUCCACCGCGAUUAGGUUUGCAUUUUAACCGCAUUACUUUGAGUCUUUUCCUUUGCUUUACUGUUACAUUCUAGUUCUACCGUUUUUCGUGACAAAACCUAGAAAUCAAACAGUGCUUGAGAAAGGAACAACGGCAUUCUACUGCAAUGCAAAUGGCCAUCCGCUUCCUAACAUAACAUGGGUCAAAGAUGGAGAGACAUUUGGUCACGGGAGCACACUGAGGUUUGAAACAACAUGGAGAGGACAGUCUGGAAGAUACUGGUGCCGUGCACAAAAUGGACUGAAUGUCGUUAUCAAUGCUAGUGCUUUUCUGAAUGUGCAGUGUAAGUAUCCUACGUAUUCAGGGCUUAAGCCAACCAGCAUCUUGCAAUGUAAUGCAGCGGGCCUGUUCGCGCACUUUCAGGGACGCAGUGGCUGAACAGUUAGCAUGCUGGUUUCUGAGACAAGAGGCUCGAGUGUGACCUGGCUGGGUUAUUCUAUUGUGUUGCUGGGAAGAAUCUUUACUCUCGUGGUGCCCCUUUCCCCUGGAGCAUAAACGAGUACAGGUGAACUGUCAGUGAAAUCUGAGGGGGGGGGAGGGGUGGUUAACCUGCGCCUGGGAUGGACUUGCAUCCAAUGGGGGUAGCAAUACUCUGAUUCACUUCAUGGUAUGAAGCUUCAUGAUUUAACCUGUUUGGGCAGAUACAUAGUAGCUCUACGAGAGAGAGAUUUCAAACUUUAAAACGUUGUAAUUCUAACAUCGUUUCCUUAAUUUUCACAGUUCCGUCAUAUUUUCAAAGUCGGCCAGCUUACCAGUCUGUCCAAGAAGGUGAUGAGGCUUCUUUCCACUGCGGUGCCAUAGGCAACCCAACCCCAAAGAUCUCAUGGUUCAAAGACGGGAGAUCUAUCGGUACAGGAAGCACAUUGAGCUUUGUUGCGUUCAGAAAUCUCUCUGGAGAAUACUGGUGUUCAGCUGAUAAUGGUUUGGGAUCGGCCAUCAACGCCAGCGCUCGACUAAAUGUACAGAGUAAGUAUGAAUGGGUCGCUUUUGGAACCAAUGUUUAGCAAAAACACGAUGAAAAAGAAAAGUCGUAGAAUCUCAUCAAAAUUAUUCUAGAGUUUUAACCAAGCAGCUAAAGGCAACUUUGAAUGCAAUACAUUCAACAACACAGUACAGGUGAAAUUUCCAGAAGGUCACUACGACCAAGUGUUGUGAAAGAACCGAGCCAAGGUCGAUGGGAACGAUUCUUAACUCAGCAGAUACGCGCGGCGUAGAUGACAAGUUAUUGCGGUCCUUCCGUAAGCAAUUGAGUUUCUCGCUGGUCCAUAGCCUUCUUGUCAACCAUUCAUAAACGUAUUUCUCUGAGUGAGUUAGCAUAUUUGGGAGUAAAAGUAUCAUUGUUUACCUAACUGAAGGUGACAAAUACAUCAGUUUCGUUUCCAUAUUUAUUUACAGUUAAACCUCAUUUAAUCACCACACCAAGGAACCAAUCGAAAGUUGAAAACAAACAAGUCACGUUCCAUUGCAAUGCCACUGGACAUCCAAUCCCAAAGAUAACAUGGACUAAAGAUGGGAGGACUGUGGGCACAGGAAGCAAGCUUACCCUAACCGUCUCUCGGGGUGACGCCGGAAGAUAUUGGUGUACGGCGGACAACGGUGUAAGUGCUGACGUUAGAGCAAGCGCUUAUCUCCGUGUCUUGUGUAAGUAAUCGAAUUAACUUACCACUUUAAUAUUUUGGGCAAACAGUCCGAUUUCAGACAAUCAUGUCCGAAUAGGGACAAUUAUGUCCCUAUUCGGACCCCAAUUAGCUAAUCUACAGCUAACACAUUGACACGUUGAUAAAGUUUUCACUCAUAAAGUUUGUGUCCGUUUUCGGACGACAACAUCCGAUUUAGAUCAUUUGUGUCUGCUUGUGGGCGGAACCGACCGAUUUCCGACACUUGUAUCCGUUUCCGGACGGCACCGUUCAAUUUCGGACUCUUAUGUCCAUUUUUGGACGAUAACUGGACUCCGAUUCUGGACUCCUGAGUCCGUUUCCGAACGAUAACAUCCGAUUUAGAUCACUUUUGUCCUUUUUAGGGCGGAAAUGUCUGAUUUCUAACUCUUGUAUCCGUUUUCGGGCGGUACCGUUCGAUUCAGACACGUGUCCAUUUCGGAUUCUAGUGUCCGUUUUUGGACGGAACCGUCGGAUUUCGAAAACUCCCGUCCGUUUUUUUAUCGGCAACAUCCUGAUUUCGGACACUCAUGAUCAUUGUUGUACUGUAACAUCCGAUAUAAGAUAUUUGUGUCUGUUUUCGGACGCUGGGUAUCGUCAGAAGUCUUAGACAGUUGUCUGUUUUCGACGGUGCAGUCCGAUUUUGGAUGGUAUCGUCAGAUUUCGCACUCUUCCGUUCACCAUGGGUCCAUACAGACUUCAUCUGUAUCUGACGUAAUGUGAUAAAACUCGGGUUUCAGUAAUCACCUGUGGCAUUAACACCAAUCGCAUCUUGUAAUGCAUAUUUCUUAUUUCCCUUUUUUUUAGAUGUCCCCUCUCCGCCGAUUAAUGUCACAAUAACAGACUGUAAAAACUGGAGUGUGGAACUCCACUGGGUACGAGGCCCUUCAACUGAUGGUGCUCCAAUCACGCAUUACCUGAUUGAGCAGGAAUCUGGUGAGGACCCUGUGGUUUUCAGCUUAUUGCACAACGUUAGCAAAUCGGAUGUAACGAGUAUGACCUUCAACAUCAGCUUGGGGACUUCGCCUCGUUUCCGCAUCAAAGCAGUUAACAAUGUUGGUGAAAGCCUACCCAGUUUAACAGUCAAAACAACUUGCCAGGGAACCAAGACUGACAUUGGUAUGUAUGCCUCGUAAAAGAGAGUACAGACACCCACUCAGUGGAAUAUUGGUAACAAAUGGGUGUAGUUAUUUUUCAAUAUGGAUGAAGGUUUCUCACGACACAGAGGCAAUAACAAUGAAUUGAUACAACUAGCUUUGCGAAGAUGUCUUUCCUUAGCACAUUCAGUUUUUCCGUUCUUCCAAUCUGGACGAGUCAAGAAAUUAUAAUCUAUGAUAAUUGCUUACAUUCUCAAUUAGCCGUAUUCAUUGGAUUUUCUCAAUCUAUGAAAUGACAUAUCUCUUUGAGGCUCUUUUUCGAUUAAAUUUAGCAAUUUCCAUUAAGUAUUGAAGACAAUCAUGGAUUGCAUGCAUUUUGCUUUAUUACGCUAUGUGAUUGGUCCAGAAUUUUACCCUCUCAGCCGAGCACGAUCAAUUAAAACUAGUUAAAACCUGGAAAACGCGGCCAUUUGAAGUAAUGCAUCGAUCAAGUUGAAGCCUAAACACUCCCUCCCCCCGGGCAACCCACAAGCAUUUGACUGUCGUCCUUGCCUGGGGGUUGGGAAUUUCAACAUUGCCUUAGUUACAAAAACUGUCAAGUCUUUCCAGCGUGAAAACGCGUCUUAUCUUUUAAUGUGGAGGUAAAUAUUUAAAGGUGAAAAGUUCACAUCUGCAAGCAGAUGGCUCAUAAGAAAAGGUCCAUAAGAAAGCCACCGUCAUUUGUUAUACCUUUUCAAAAAAAUUUACAAUAAAAUCUAGCACUUGGUGGGGCAUUUGAACACAACUUUGGCCCCGGAAGUGGAGGGGGGGGCGAAAACUUGAACGAACCUGAUUUAGGUGUUGUUCACACAACAAUCAAUCGAAAACUGUACAUUCUAGCAAUUCUGAAAUGUUUAAAUAUGGUUUUGUUUCUUCAGGUGCACGCCAGCCAGAGGUAAAAAAACCCCACAUUUACCAAAAGGCGUGGUUUCUCAUUAUGUUGGCCCUUAUUGCCUAUUUAGUUCUGAUUUCAGCGCUUGCCUUGCUCUUCAUAAGCUAUUACAAGGGAAAAGGGAAAAAAUACGAAGGUAAUGAAGCGGGAAACAAGUGCAGUGUGAUGUAACGUUCCAAAAAGCACGCUUGUAUUGAAAGAAAAGAUAUUGUAACGUAACGUAUUGUAACGUGACGUUUGAUAACGUAACUUAUGAUAACGUCAUGCAUGGCUAGGUAAAUUAUUUAGUAUUUAGCAUCAGAGCUUAACGUAGUUACAGUGGCAAUGAUCUGAUAUUACUUAGCUAUAGUUUGCAGGGAACGUUUUUAAAAGAACUCUGAAGGUAGAGUCAGAUUCAAGCUGAACUCCCUUAUUUUCGUAGCUGAGCCGAGAUCAGUGUUCACUCUUCUUGUAAGCACGACAGGUUAAAGAAAUUUUUCAAUCAGUGGAGCAGUCCUUUUACCAGUUGAAUUUACAAAAAUUACGAGCGACUUUAAGCGGUAAUGAUUGUUACUACAGGCGGUAGAUUUUACCAGUUACCACCUGGUAAGGAGAACAGCGCGAGACAUUCAUUGCUAUCUUUGUGACUUUGCAAUAAACUUUCUACUUGAGCACGCUAGAUAGUAUUAGAUCUCAAACACCUUCAACACCGUUAAGUUAAGGAUUUUUUUCGUCGUGAAUGUGUGUGGGUUGGCACGCUUAAUGGAAUUCAGGUCUUACAAUGUAGGAUUUGACAGCUUACCAAGGGAUGCAAUGAACGGAUCAAUGUCAGUAACUGAACAAAUGCGCAGCUACCCCUCCCCUAACCUAAAAUUAACCCGCAGUUGCAUAGAUACAGACAUUGAUACCAAAUACCUUUGACUGCGACAUUGUUUUAUACCAUUCCCACCUCUCAUAAGUCUUACUUGUUUUUUUCGUUUCUCUAGUUAGAGAACGCGAACGAAAACGCGGAUACACAGACGAAGAAAAACGAUUGGAGGAAAACGUUGAAGACGAGGAAGCAAACAACUUAGGGGGGAAUGCUGAAAAGAUACCGCUGUAUGUAUUAACCCUUUACACCCUAACAUCAAUAUGUAUAUUCUCCAUACUGUUUUCUGCACAUUUCUUAUGGUCUUGUCAAGGAGAAUUUACAGUCAAGAACCUCUGAUUGGGUGGUAGUUUCCUUUUCCUUGGUUGUCACAACAAACUUUACCUGAUCCCCAGAAGGCUUCAUAGCACUUUCAUGAUCCCCCUUCAACUGAACUAGGCGGUCAAAUUUCUCAUAAUUAUGAGUCAUUAUUUGUAUACAAAUCGGACUGACAUAGUGUCUUGUUAUUUUUUCUUAGCGAGAGAAGACAGAAUCGCAACUCAAGGCCCGUCUCCAAUUCAAUCAGCUUACUUGAAUUGCAAUUCAGAGAAGACGGCUCCUUUACAGAGGAAUACGGAGGGGAAGAUGAUCUGUUACAGGGAACUUUUGUUUGAGGGACGCCAUACACUAGCUAAAAAUUUGUCACGCCAAAGGUGACAUGCCUUAGAAGAUGACUGCGUGACGUGACUAAUGAGAAAGAAUUGAAACUCUUCAGGAUUCUCGUGAAAUAGUGUUGUGUUACCAUCAAUCGGUGUGAUGGUGUAGCCACUUGCAAAAGUUGUCCUGAGUUGUUCUGUUGGAGGCUUAUUCGUAUCAUCAAUUGCACAUAUAAAGUUUUACGAAUCAAAUGGAUUGAAGAAGAAAAGGUUAAAAAAAGAGUUUAAGUAAUCGAAAUAUUGCUUCGAAAGUUGUAACGUAUGAAAACUGAAAGAUGAGUUUGUACCAUCCAUAUUUCUAUAGUUAAGUAAAUUUUGGGAGAUGGAUUCGUAGAUGAAUGAACGUCUUUCUCAAAGUAAAACAUUUUUCUCUGAGAACAUCUUGAAGGAGAAAUAAAACGAGUAUCGAGCUGUCACAAAUUAUGAAAAAUCGAGAAGUAACACUGCAACUUAAAAGCCCGAUGUUAAGAGUAAAGUGGUAGCACGUAAAUAAAAGGAGAAAAAAAGAUUAUCACGUCCUAGUAUUAGAGUCCAAAGCCCAUUCAGGUGAGUCAGAACUUGCCAAAAAAAAUCCUCUUCUAUGGGGUGGAACACAUGUUUGUUAAUGUUAGCAUGUUUAAAUUGAAUUUGAAAAGAACAACCAGGACUGUUUUAAUUUUAAUUGAACAUAGAUUCCAGUAGG